GAAAAUGUUUUAUAGAGAAGUACUCAGUACAAUUUAGUCUAUCCGGAUAUUUCGCGGGUACUCCAAAUAUUUCAAAUCCAUUUUACAUAAGCAGAAAUUACCAACUGUUACGUGCAAAAUGAUUCUACAAGGAUCAAAACUCCUAGGGAGUAUAUAGGAAUAUUAUGUGUAAUUGGUACAAAUGUACUCCGUUCAUUCUGAGAUUUCUUUUUUUAAAUUAUUAUUGCAGAGGUUAUUCAAACUUAUUAUUUAUUCGCUCAGUCUUUUUGAUUGUGUUAUAAAAAAUAAUUAACAUGGCACAGAAGAAAAGAGUACUUAUGAUAUGUUUAGGCAAUAUUUGUCGUUCACCUAUAGCGGAGGCUGUGUUUAUUGAUCAAAUAAAUAAAUUAGGCAUAAACCACUUAUGGGAAGUAGAAAGCGCAGCUUUGAUAGGAUACCAUACAGGUAAAAGCCCAGAUCAUAGAGCUAUGUCCACGUUAAGGGAAAAGGGUAUCACUAAUUAUUCCCAUAAAGCACGACCAAUCACUGAAGAUGAUUUUAUCAAUUUUGAUUGGAUAUUUGGAAUGGACAAUAGUAAUAUUCGGGAACUGAAUGACAUGAAACCCAAUAAUGCUACUGCUAAAAUUGAGCUUCUUGGGAAUUAUGAUCCAGAAGGAGAAGUUAUAAUAAGAGAUCCUUACUAUGAUAGCAACAGUGCUGGAUUUCAUAAAGCAUAUGAACAAUGUGUGCGAAGUAUAAAAGCUUUUUUAGAUAAGCAUACAGAUAAAGCAUUGUGACGAAAAUGAAAUUUAGGAAUAAUUAC